UGAAUAGAUAUCUGCCGGAGUGGACAAAGUUUCAUGUGUUUGAUCACACGCCCUCCCCUUUACAGAACACCACAUCACACAGUACUGAAGAAGAGAGAUGAGCAAAACAUCGGAAGAUCUUCUGAUCAUCUAUGAGUCUGAGGCAGAGCAGUGGGCAUCAUACCUGCGCUUCCACCUGGCAGGUUCCAUUCCUGAGUCCGGCAUCUGUUGUUAUGACAUUGCUAUGGUAACCAGUCGCAAGGAUGACUUCCUACGACUGGCAGGGUACAAAUGCAAGCUGCUUAUUCUGUCACGGGGCAUGCUGGAGGGUGUGUGCCAGCUCCGACGGUUCUUUCUGGCUCGCGUUUUACGACCGGAGGCCUGCGUGGUGAUUCUCCUGUGUGGAGUGGAAAGCGUUGAUCCUCUGCUGGAGCUGGUUCCACUGAAGGGAGAGAGCUGUCUUCAGAUCUCCAGCGAGCAGGAACCCCAGGAGUACUGCUCGGCUGUGACGGAGAUAGUACACCGAGGUGGACAGAUGCCGGUCCAGGAGCUGAAGCUUGAGAAGAAAUUUUCUGCUGGCUCGCUCGCUGCAAAACCCACUUUACUGGUCCUACCCAAUCGCAUGCUAUGUGAGAGUCCAGGGGAGAUAUUAAUUCUACUACAGGAGAUCAUAACCAUCAAAGAUGCAGAGGUGGAGUUCAGUGGAAAGAAGCAGACAGUAAGAGUGAAACCUGUCAACUGGAAUGAAAGCACACUCUGUGUGUCUGCCCCUGACUUCACCGCUGGUGAUGUAUGUGUGACGCUCUACUGUCAAGGAGUGGUUAAAGGCAAGGCCUGUAUACAAUACUACACCAUGAUGGGAGAGGUUGCUCACUAUCUUCAACAAGUUUCAGAUCCUGUCAAAUUCAUGUGCCAGGCCUUUCAGGUUCCCUCCAUGGAGAAGCUGGAUCAAACUCUUGCAGCAUGUCUGUUGAAGAAAAUGCCUACAGGAGGUUUUCAGGGCCUGCAGAAUAAUCAGCUUCCAGCCUGGGAUGGCCGUGAUUCCAAUGUUCCAGAGGAUAUUCCUACUCUCCUGCAUUUUGCUGCCCAACACGGAUUGCGAGAUUUGGCUGGUGCUCUCCUGCAGUGUCCUGGAGCCAUCCCAGCCCUAAAGACCCCUAACAGCUAUGGAUACACACCCCUAGAUCUUGCACACAUGUAUGGAUACAAGCAGCUACACAUCCUUCUCAGAGAGUCAUUGGAAAAUAAUGAUGGCAAUGGUGUAUAUGAACUGAUGGGCAGAACAGAGAAUCUUCAGCUGGAUGAUGCUGAUGAGCAAUGCCAAAAUGACGAUGAAGAUCCAGAAAAUAUCUAUUCUCCUAUGGGUAGAGAUGAUGAAGAGUACGACAUCCUUCUCACAUCCAGCGGCUCCUUAGUAAUGGCAAACCGACCCCCUGCGCCAACUCCCCGACCCGAUUGUCUGUCCACCCCAGAGGAUAAGACUCCAUUCAUAGCACAAGUUUUCCAGAAGAGAAAGUCACAAGAUGAAACCCUAUACUCUCUUCCACCAAGACAAGCAAAGGCGAGAGACAGCAUCUCAUCCACGUAUGACACCUUUGUGCCCACUCAGCCGCCAGGACUGGACGAGCUGAUCAAACUUCAGGAGCAUGUGAAGACAGGGGCUCUCAGUAUAGAUGAUGCCCUUGAUCAAUUCAAUGACUGGCAGAGGCUUCAGAGAGGAAUGGACAGCAUCCAACAGGAGAAAAUCCAGCAGCUAAGGGCGAGUAUCAUUAACAACAGAGAGCCCAAUGAAAGUGUCUACGAUAAAAUCAGCAUCGUUCAUCACUCAGACCCGUCCCCAGAUGAGUGUAGAAGAGCAAGCAAGCAAAUGGAGACCGAUUUCUACAGCAAACCCCUUAAAGGCCAGAAUUCACAUAUCUUCAAGAAGAAAGACAAACGGUGAAAGUACAGCAGAUAGAAAUCAAUGAUAAUGAAGGGUAUUAAUCGUUGCAACUUUUAUUAGUCUCAAGGUUUACAUGCAGUCUAAUGUUUUGCAACAUGCAUUUGGAUGUUACUGUUUUUAUAAUAAAUGAAAAUGAUUUACCUUUAUUGAUUUAAUAUUACUCUAAGUUCAGUCAUCUUUAUUAAAGCCACUCUGAAUUCACAACAAAAUUCAUCAAAGCAGAAAUUGAAUCAUGUUAAUCAUAAAGUGAGUUAAUAUCCUGUCAGUCAGUGCAAUAUUUUAUUUGACAUUUUCAGGUUUAUUUCAUUUGCAGGUUUAUUUAUCUCUAUUCUUGUUUUUUAUUCAUUACUGAGAUCAUGGCUUAUGAUUAACUUCAAAUCUUAAGAUUGUAGAGCUUGUAUUUGUUUAUAGAAAGAUUAGUUUGGAUCUUGUACCGCUGCUUUUCAACUGGUGAUGUACUUUAACAGAUGUAAUAUACACAUUUUUAUUUCUUAUUGCAUUGGUAAUAUUCACAUUUCUUAAAUAUUUUUGUCAGUUUAAUUUAUUUUAAUUAAAGUUCAAAAAAGAAAACAUGUCAACAUCUAAAAUAAUUUAUUGGAUGCCAAAAGAAAGUACUUUGUAAUUUCACAUAUAUUUUUUAUUCUUUUUUUGGAGUUUGUUUGUUUAACUUAAUCGAUAUAGUUGUAUCUAACAUAUUUGUAUGUUUUUCUUGUUCAAACACAAUUGAAAUGUGUAAUACUGACACAAAUAGGCGACUCUUUGACAUAACUUAUUUCCAUUAUAUUCCAUAAAAUAAAAUAAGUAGAUGAACUUCA